AUGACUGGCUUUUACAUUGCUCCGACGGUCUUCCUCGACGUUGCCGAAGACGCCGAGAUUAUCCGUCAAGAGAUUUUCGGCCCUGUGGCAAUCAUCAACAGGUUCGAAUCGGAGGAGGAGGUGCUCAGGCUCGCAAACGAUACUCCGUAUGGCCUCAUGGCGGGCGUCUUCACAAAAGACGUGACGCGGGCGAUGCGUCUUGCUGCGGAGCUGGACAGCGCCAUGGUCGGCGUCAACGCCGUCAGCACCAGCUUCUUGCAGACACCUUUUGGUGGCACGAAGCAGAGUGGCAUCGGUCGGGAAAAUGGAAUCCAUGCCAUCCGGUCGUACACCGAGCCCAAGACAGUCUUUAUCAACAUGAAUGCGUAA